CAUCUGGACCUGUUUCUGCAGAGUCCACUCUGUGGUCUGUAGACUCUGAGCAGAUAAAAAGGAGGCAGAUCCCAGCUGAGUGUCACUCCAGCAGAGAGACAGGCAUCAUCAUGGCGGACAGCAGAAUUCAGGAGGAGAGGGGACAUCUGGAUGCUAAAUGGCAGCAAAUCGACAGUGUCUUCAAAAAUGUGAUGAAACUUGUUCUGGAUGUUCGUCAGAGAAUGCUUCAACCUCUGGAGGACAGAAUAAGGGAAUUAGGAGGAGGAGGUGAAAGUGUUGUUCGGAAUCCACAAGGAGAAACUGACACACUUGAAAAUGCCAUGGGAGAGUUAAACCUUAACCAGGUGUCCUCUGCAACAAGCCUGGAUGAAUCUGAGGAUAAUGAAGAGACCAGCAUUCAUACCUCAAAUGCAACUCUAUCCAUGAUAAAUGAGAUUCAACAGGAACUGAGAAAACUAACCUCACUUGACACAAAGGCCUCCCUCCCCAGCAUCAUCGCUGGGAAUGUGAGAUCCAUCUGCAACAAGAUGGACGAUCUAAGGCAGCUAACACUGAAACACCCGGAAUGUAGCCUGAUGCUGUUCAGUGAGAUGUGGCUAAAUGCAAAUAAAGAGGCUGAGCUGGAGGGGUUUGAGCUGAUAAGGGCAGACAGGACAUUAGACAGUGGUAAGGAGAAAGCAGGGGGAGUAGCUGCAUAUGUAAACAAUCAAUGGUGUCACCCGAAGAAGAUUACUGUCAAUGAGAAAGUCUGCGAGAGACACAUUGAACUGCUAGCGAUCACUAUGCAGCCAUACUAUCUCCCAGAGGAAUUCUCAAAGGUUAUUGUGGUAGUUGUGUACAUCUCCACUUCUAAAAUUAAAUCAGCCCGUGAAGAUCUCCACUCUGCUGUUAGGGAACUGCACACAAAGGAUCCAGGAGCCCUCCUCUUAAUCACUGGAGACUUCAACAGAGUCACCCGUUCCCUCAUCUUGCCAACAUUCAUCCAAUAUAUCAACUUUCCCACCAGAAAAAAAAAUAUCUUGGACUUGUUUUAUGCAAAUGUUGCCGAGGCAUACACAGCAUCACCCCUUCCUCCACUGGGGAAAUCCGACCAUAUCUUGUUGUAUCUUCUUCCUGUGAACAAGUCUGAAGUACGCAGAGAAACAGAAAAAAAGGAUGGUUUUAAAUUAAGGGGACAGGGAGGAGCUGAAGAAUGUGCAACAAAAACAAGAGACGAUCAGAAAGAGGAAGAGUAUACUGUAAGCAAUUGCUGGAAAUUUAAGGCCAAUUUUUAGCACUAAUCUACUGUUUUUAUGUAAUACGGCUUUGUACUGUAUUUUGCAAUGCAUUGUGGUCUAAGAAAUUUGAAACGAUGGCACAAAGGCCUAUAACGGUAUGUCAAUGUUUCAAAUUACAGUACACUAAAGUAUUUUUGAAAAAGUGGCUGUUUUUCCUGAAGUCGAUAGGAGGAGGCACUUCAGAGAACAUUACUUGUAAGAUAGCAUGUGCAGCAAUCGGGCUUCACAUCUACGAAGUAUAUGGUAAAGUUUAUUAAUAAUUGUUCUGUCAGGAUCCUUAUUUUACUCAGAAAGUUUGACUGACCAAAAAUACUGUUGGACAGACAGAUGUUCAGCAAGAUGCCUAGCUAAUGUUUGUGUGUGAUUUUGAAAUAUCACCUAUCAUGAAGACUUAGACUUGAAAAAAAUAAGUUCAAUAUUCACAUGCUUUGCCAUCAGUACUAAAUCAAAUAUGAACUUUUUGCUUUAGCUGUAAAUUGUAUUAAGAGCAGCAGUUAGCUAGCUACACACUAACUAGUGUUAGCUAUUGUUAGCCAUUUGUUUUCGCCCGUUUUGAACAGCGGCAAAUGCCCCGAAGUCAAAGCCAAAGUCUGACAGUUGUGUAGGCAACUUUAAUUUUUUCCCACAUUGGCAGCAAAAUGUUUCCCUUUCAGGUCUGUGGUCAUAACUGUGCCACAAUAUUGGCUCAUGUUAUGUUACAACUACAUUUAUCUAAAAAUACAUAUCGUGUCUGAGGUGUUUUCUCAUUUGGUAAGGGACAGUCUGACAAGCAAAUUUAAGAAAAAAUCCCAUUCAAUUUAGUUUGCUACUCAAAUCUCUUUUGGUUUGUUACUCUGGGUCAUACAUGUUUUAUGCAAUUGUUCUUUCAUAGUAGCCUACAAUUAUUUGUGUUGACGCUUCCCUUAAAAAUAAAGGUGUGUUUAACAUAUCCUUUCUCUAUUUUUUUUUUUUGGAAUAAUCAA